CACCUCUUCUCCUCAUAAGUUGGGUAAACACUCAGGGGAAGUUAUUUCGUACUGCGGACAGAAGCGAAAAUGAAGCUGAUGGCAUGCCUUUUUUGCGUGGUCUUAUUGACCUUAUGCACAGACGCAAACCCCAUAAUUAAGGAAAGCUUUGCAAAGCAGCUUCUCCGCACCAAGAGACAGAAGCCUGGAUACCCUGAUGAACCUAUGAGGGAGCACAUGCUGCAUAUGCAGAGGCUGGAGCAGAGGGCUCGAGAGACCAAUAUGGAGCACUGGCUGAACCCCCACUGCUUCCCCCGCUGUGACCGCAACUAUGGCUACCCUGUCUAACCGGCCUACAGUGAUCCAUAGGGUGAAGACGACAAUUGAGGUGACGACUAUGCCGAUGAAGACAACGUAACGGAUUGCACUAAAAAGACCCCAAAAUGCUGAGGAGGUCAAGGACGCAAAAAGCAAUGAAGACACCCACAUAUUGAUAAGAAGCAAUUUAGAGAUGUCUUAUUUAGAUAAAGGGAAAAAAAUCCCCGAUACGAUAUUAUCGGUCUAAAAUAUGUUUGAGAAAAUAAAAAACGAAUGACAACAUGUCAUUUUAGAUUGGAGACUAAUAAUAAAUGCUGUUCACAAAAUUUUGGUUGUGGUUCCUCAUCUAAUUAAUUUUCACCUUAGCAGUAGCCUAUAAUUUAGCAGUAUAAGAUUUUUGAAUAAAUCCAGGAGCGGCACAAAUGACAACAUGUAAUUUUAGAUUGGACACUAAUAAUAAAUGGUGGCUCAGUGGUCCCGGGUUCGAGUCCCGACUCAACUGUCCUGUUUGCAUGUUCGAGGACUGAUAUGCAGGUUAGUUGGAGACCCUAACUUGCCAGUAAGUGUGAAUGUGUGUGUCUGUAAGUGUUGACUGACCCCUAUCCAGGGUGUUCUCUGCUUCGGCCCGAGACAGCUGGGAUAGGCUCCAGCGACCCUGUAUAGGACACGCGGCUAUAGAAGAUGGAUGGGUGGAUGAAUAAAUCCGACAGUAAAACUACGACCGCGUUUAGAAGAGUGAUGAUACAUACAUAACCAAGAGUUUGACAUGGUCAAAUA